GAAUCAUAGUUAAAUGAAUAAGAGUUAUCAGGAGGACAGGAUUAAAUGGAAAUAUUUGUGGAGAAGAUAGUCUUAUGGAUUGUUAUUAUUUGUUUAAGCUAUGUUGUUUUAACGCAUAUACUUUUGGGAGUAAUUAAGAGGAUUGGAGGAGUGCAUAUACGGCGUUUUGGAUAUUUUUCUAUUCAUGGGAUUGAGCUUUGUUAUAAUGAGGAAUAUGGUCGUUUAUAUGUGGAGUCGGUUAAGAUGCAUUUUCAUAGACCAACAUUGGCAACAAGAACAUGGGUUAGUUUUUGUAUUAAAGGGAUUUCCAUGAACAUAUGUAAAUCUUGCAAAAAACGCCAAGAAAUUUCAAAAAAAAGAAAAUCCUUAGAUUUUUUUAAGAAAUAUGCCCAAAAAGGUGUUUAUUUUAUGCUUAAAAUCUUAAAAUCAUCAAUUAUUUUUAAGAUUAAGGAUUGGAUUGAUAUAGUGAUAACGGAUACCAGCAUUAAUAUUGAAGAUUAUGGAAAAUUUUUUAUUGGUAGAUUUAAUAUAUGUUUUAAUAAUGCAUUUUAUCAUGGUACAACAUCAGAAAUUUAUAGUGGUAAAUUUCCUAAAUUUUUAUACGAUGAAAAGACAUUUGAAAUGAUAAAUAUAGUGGAUUCUAUACUUUUUAUAUCAAAAAAAGGGACGUCAUCAGAAUUAAUAGAUAAAGUUUUGAUUAACGUUCAAGGAAAACUAGAUUGUAUGAUAAAGAGUGUAAAAUGUUCAUUAAAAUGUGGGAAAUUUAUAUUACCUCUUGAUGAAUUUAUGGAUAACAGUGAUUUAAGUUGUUUUUUUAAUGAUAAAGUCGACUCAUUUGUUUCUGAAAUGAAUAAUAAUAAUUUCAAAGUGGAAGAUGAAUUAAAAGAAUCAGCGGCGAAAAUAAAACAGAGCAUAGUUGAAAAAAUGCAUUGGUUUGAUAUGAUACAUGAAAUACAAUUUCAUAUUGGAAACUUAAAAAUAAAGAAAUCUAUUACAUCUUCUAGUUCUGAAAACUAUACUUCAUUUAUAUCAUUAAAAUUGAAGGAAAUUGGGAUAAAUAUACAUUAUAUUGGGGAAAAUUCAAAUAUUUAUAGACAAUUUCUUGAUGUUCCUGCUUCUCAUCAGAUACUUGCAUCAUGUAUUUCGCUAUCGAUAAGCAUAUUUCAACAAACGAUUCAGGAAAAGGAUUUUAUCUUGAUACCUAUGAUCACUUUUACAUGUAAAAUAACUACUCUUGACCAUUUAGUCAAUAAUAGCAUAAUUACAAAGGGAAUGAAUCUUACUAAUAUUAUCGCAAAUAUGGCUAUAACAUCGCCAUCAAUAAACUUACGUUUUGAGAGAUUAUUAUCAAUAGUUUCAAUAUUUGAAUCUAAAAAUGUUACUAAUACAUCAGCAUUUUCAAAGAUACAAUUAUUUGAAGAUUUUAUACCCAAAUUGAAUUUCAAUUUUUCUAUUUAUGAACCAGUAAUACGGAUAUUGCUUCCUUUUAAUAAUUCUUUAUAUGAAAAUUUGAAACAAAAGCCUACAAUACUUAUAUUGAGUUUAUCUAAUAUAUUCAUGGAUCUUCAGACUAACAUAUCUGGUAAUGGUAUAUCUCGUCUUUUUUCGGUUAAUACUUCUAUUUUGUUUAUUUCACAAAAGUUAUAUUAUCAUACUUCUUUUAAAAGGAAAUACAACAUUCUUUCCAUAGAGAAUUUUACUCUUCAUUUUAAAUUUGAUUUAUUCCCAUUCAAUAAUGUCUUUAUUGGAAUCUUUCAUGAUAAUGUGGUUUUUAACUUAAAUAACAUCGAAAUAAUUUAUUGUUUAAAUAACAUAUUUCUAAAUAUUUCAAAUACUAGGUACGAUUAUUUAGGCGAAAAGAAUACUGGACUACUGGAUAUCUUUUUGCUAUAUAAGUGUUCUCUGUUGUUAAGGAAGAUAGAGUUUCAUGGAUCAAAAUUAGAUAUUUACCUUUUCGGAAAUGAACCUAAAAUAACUCAUGAUCAUAAAGGAAUUUUACUGAGAUUAGAUUCAUGGGAAAUGGAAUAUUGUUUUUUAAAUAUGGGCUCUAAAGAAUUACUUUUCUCUAUAUAUAAGGAAAAUAGAUCACCAAAUUUCCAACAUAUUUUAAAUACAUUUGUUUUUAAUACAAUACCUUCUUCAAGAGGUACAUUGUUACUCAAUGGUUUCAAAAUAUUUUCAAUGCAUGCUGAAAAUGUUUUGGAUAUGAAAGAACCAAUUAUAGAAGUUAUAAAAUGUGGAUUAACAUUUGUUACCGAACCUAAUAAAGAUCAUUUGUUACGGAUUACAAUUGAGAUAGAUCAAUUGUCUCUAACUUAUUCUUUAUUUAAAUAUUAUACGAUUCUUCUUGCUCUAAAAAUUUUAGAAAAAACAUUCUUUCAACAGAAUAUUUUUAAAACAUCGCAAGGCUGUCAUGCUGAUGACAAUGGACAAGUUAGCAAUUUAUUAUGGGGGUACAUAUUUCUAUAUAUAUCUAUUUCGUCAGUAAAAGUCAAAAUCGAGCUACCAUCUAAACAGUUUUCAAUGCUUAGUAUACAUAAACUAGAAAUGUCACACAAUAAGGAUAAGUUUUUAUCAUUUAAGGCUGGAAAUAUAGUUCUUUAUGUUCUUAGUCCAAUUAUUCAAGAAUUUUGGGAUAGGAUUGUUAAUAUUAAUACCCUUACUAUCUAUUACAAACGUGUUAAAAUCGAUCAAAAAAAUGAGCCAACAAUAGUUUUAUAUACAGACGCUAUACGAAUUCGUAUUCCUCAUAAAUUUGUCUUGCAUUUAAUGGUAGAAAGCAUACAAAAUACUAUAAAAAGUUCAAAACAACUUUAUUAUUGUUUUUUUACAAGUUAUAAUAGCUCUACUUUAACAAAUCAUCCGGUGAAGGCAAAAGUUAUACCUAAGAUUCACUUAGAAUCUUCUAUUAUAUCUUUUGACAUUGAAGAUGAUCCAUUUGAAGCAAGAUUAGGACUUAUUUGGCGUAUAGGAUUAAUAGAACAAAAGGCUAGAAUUAUGCGCGAAACAACUUUUGAUAUUAAGGCUGAAAAAAUUAAAGAUGAAUCAGAACUAAUGAAUGAUAAUGAACAGAGUAAAACCAAUAACGAAAAUGAAUAUUUUUUGGGAACUUCAUUUGAAAAAUCGGAAUUAAAACAAUUAUAUAAUAAACAAGAAUGUCAUAUGAAAAAUAUUAAGGAUGUUCAAGAUCUUUCAGAAUCUAAAUUUUCUAAUUUACCUUCUAAAGCUGAACAAGCAUAUGAAAAACUUCAAGAAUAUAAUUCUCAUUCAUGGAUUAAAAAAUUUCAAAAAGUAAAUAAUUUACAGUCUUCUAAGCUGUAUUCUAUACGAUAUAGACAUUGGAUAUCAGAUGAUAUAGAAUGCAUAUCAACUUUUCAGGAAAAUAUUUUGCCUCUUCCUACCAGGCCACCUCUUUUAAGUAUAUUAUUUUCGAAAGUUCAAUUUAUUUUUGAUAAGCCAUCAUUUCCUAUAGAAAAUCUUUAUCAGUUUUUGCGAGAUACAGGCAAGGGAUUGCCUCUAGAUACUAAAUUUUCUGUUUUAAUACCUUUUAAUUUAAGUUGGAAAAUGGCAGAAGUAAAAGUAUGCUUGCGAGAUUAUCCUUUGCCUUUGAUUUAUAUUCCUGAUUCAAAUUCAUUGCAGCCGCAGAAUUCUCCUACAUGGGACUUUUCAUCAGAUUUAGUAAUUGCAGAACAAUUUUCAGGAAAAGAAUCAAUUCGUUAUGUAGAAGUUUGUAUUAUUCCUGAUGAAUCAGAGAAAAAAGGAUCUCCCUUUAAUAUAAGGGUUGCAAGAACAGUAAAUCCCGUCAAAUUUUAUGGCGUUGUUGAUAUUAGUAUAAAUACACUAUAUCCUACUCAAAUUACAUGGGGUAUGUCAUUACAGCCAGCUAUACAAGAUAUUAUGCGUAUAUUCGGGACAUUUUCAAGACCUCCUGAAGAUCCUUCUGAUAAAUUGGGCUUUUGGGAUAAAAUUAGACUGAUUAUACAUACUUCUUUUAAAUUUAAAUGGAAGAAUGGCGGUAAUGUUUAUUUAACAUUAAAAGGUUCUAGAGAUCCGUAUCUUAUUACUGGAGAUGGUGCUGGUUUUAUAAAAUGUUGGAGAGGAAAUGUCGAAUGGAAUGUUGGUUGUAGUUUAGAUUCUAGAAAUUUUAUGGUAAUUAUCAGUGAUGAAUUUUUGCUAGCUAUUCCGGAUUUUGUUAAACAAGCACAAAGCCUUAUGAAUUGGCCAAAUACUAUAAUUUCUGUGUAUGAUAAUUUGACGAAUAAUACAUAUGAAAAGAAUACUAUUUACUUUCAAAAAAUUAUAAUGAAGUUAAGAGGAGGAGUAAAGUGGACUGCAGGAUUGGUAUUUGAACGGCAUUGUGAUAACGCAUGUCAAAAUUGUUGUGGGAAAUAUCAAUGCAAAAUAUUCAGUUUUAAGCCUCAUUAUAAAAUUAUUCUUCGAAUUCCUAAGUUUGCCCUUUCGGAGAAUGAAGAAAAAUAUGAUGCUUUUAAAGGAUUUAGGAGUCAUUAUCUUCAUGGAUCUUUGUCUAUUAUUUCCCCUAUUGACGCAUCUUUGUCAAAUUUAAAGUUUAAUGAAAAAAUUAAAAGCUAUAAUGCUAUUCAUUUAACCCCAAAAGUAUUCCAGCAUUUUCUUAAUUGGUGGUCUCUUUUUAGUGGGAUUAUGUCUUUUCCUCUCAAAUCAGGAAAAUUAUUUCCAUUUCCACAUAUGAAGAAAAAAAUUAGUCGCCAUUUAAUGACUUUUAGCUAUAAAUUGGAACUUUCUCCACUUUUUCUAAGUCAUAUUUAUAAUUAUAGAACAGAUGUUGAUUGGAUAGAUAAAACUUUUACUUCUAUAGGCGUAAAAGGCAAAACUGAAAAGUUUACUCUUGAUAUUCAUCAGAAGAAGGAUAUUCAGUUUAAAAAAUUGCAUAAAACUAGAAGAAAUGAAAAUAUAAUUGUUGAUAAAGCAACAAUAGAUUUUACUUAUACAGAUUUGAAACUAAUAUUAUCACGUUUUAAUGAAGUGGAUAUAGAAGAUUUCAAUAAAUUUGAGUAUGAUUCCCAAAAAAGUCAUGAUUUUAGAAGGAUUUUUCAAAAAAAUAAUUCUAAUCAUUUUUUUGUGAAUGAAGAUUUGAAAUGGAUAGAUAUAGAUGAUUUUAUUGAUUUGGAUUUAGAUAUUUCACUAAAAAGUGCACCAGUUUUUCAGAUUCUGCCUCUUGCAUAUAUUCCACAAUUUAUUUAUUUUCGGGGGACUAAUAAUCAUUCUAAUGGCUCAGAUCCUGAAAACAUAUGCUCAUCAAAAUAUCAAUUUGGAAACGAUGAUACACAUUUUUGUAUAUUAAAUAAUAAGAAAGACCCAUAUGAUAUUCAAGUUGAGCUUAUUCAAAAGCGACAAAAUGAAAUUAUGAAACAAAUAAACAAAAAUAAGAACAAGUUAAGUUGUAUCGAAAACGUUAUUUCUAAAAAAUCUAAAGCUACUAUUUUAAAAUCUCAAUAUAAAAAAAUUAUGGAUGAAAAUACUAUGUUAUUUGAUAAGCACAAUUUUAUUAAUGCUAUAUUAUUACAUCUUAAAGCAGAUCAGGAUGAUAAAUUCACAAGUAAAAUGGAUAUGUCUACUGACAACCAUCUUGUUUCAAGUUGUAUUAGUGAAAAUUUUCGAGUUUUGUCAAAAGAAACUAUUUCUGAGGAUUUUUCCGACUUUGAUAACCGCUUUUUUGUGUAUAAUAUUCAAUUAAAAUGGUAUAAUUCUGUUAGGAAUAUUUUAUUUUCCUAUAUACAUCAAAUUACACAGAGAGAAGGUUUUGUUUAUUAUAUGUCUCAAAAAGCUGUAAAAUUCAUUACCGACCUUAUUAAAGAACAAGUGAAAUUAGGAAAUCAUUUAUCUAUAAUGACGAAUGAAAAAAUUAUUAAUAAACAAGGAUUUAAUGAUCAAGAAAUAAACGAAUUAAUAGAUGGUUUAAUGAGCGAUACUAAUAAUGAUUUUAAAGAUGAGAGGAAUAAUAAAAAAUCAUUUUCGAGUAUAGACAAUCCUUUUUUUCGUGAUGAUUCUGAUUAUAUUUUGUCCAAAAAUUAUGAUUGUCAACAUAGCUAUAUUGUUAAAUUAUUUGCACCUCAAAUACAAUUACAGAGCGAGAAAAAUGAUCAAGGAGUGGCAAUUAUAACUGCACAAAACAUGCAAUUAAAAGUAUUUUCUAUAAUUGAUAAAGAUAUGGUUGAUGAUACACUAAGUGGUCUUUUGCAACAUAGAUUUAUUGUUAAAAUGGACAAUGCUCAAAUUUUUGUUUCUAAAAAAAAUGAUUUCAUUGAGAAUUCUGCUAACUUUUUUUAUGCAAAUAACUACGGCUCUCUACAGUCAAAUUGGUCUCCGUGGAUACCCCUUGAGUCUAUUUAUGAUUUUUCUGGAACUCCUAUGGCAUUUACUCGUAUAAUAGAUCAAACUUCUGCUUCUCUUGGAUUUAUCAAAUACAAUCAUCUUCGAUUAAAAAAAAAUGAAUUAAAUCAUAGUAAAAAUGACUUAUUUGAAAGUUUUAAAAUAGAAUCACCCGAGCAAUAUGUUAAUAAUAUAUUUGUCGAUUUUCCAAAAAUUAUUUUUACUGCAAAUUCUGAUCAAUAUUAUAUAAUUUUUUUAAUAGUUACUGAUCUUUUGAUAUAUACUGAACCAGCGCAAAAAGAAAAAUCUAAAAGAUUAGAAAAACUAAUGUUGGCUGUAGACUUUAGCGAUUUAACUGGUACAGCUGAAAUGGUUGUUAAUCUACAGAAAAAAAUAAGAAAUUUGGAAGAAAUAAAAACGCGGCAUAGACUUUAUUAUGAAAAGUACAAUAUGGAGCAGAGAUUAAUUGGAAUAAAGAUAGAAGCUGAGCUUCGUGAUUGUGAAGAUGAAUUAUUCUAUUUAAUGAAAUCAAUUGCGGCAUCUCAAAAACAUGAUGGUAACAUUAUUAAAAAUGUAGCAAAUAUGUCGUGGUUGCUAUCAGCAUCAGAAGUUGUUUGGCAUGGUUUGUUAGAAAAUAAUAAACCAUUCGUUGAUUUUGGUCUUUCUAAUGCUACAUAUCAACGAACAGAUAAUUUUGAUGGUUCCAAUUUCAAUAUUUUAGAAAUAGAAACGAUUCAAGGUAUAAAUUUGUUGCCAAAAACCUGUUUUCCUGAUUUACUAUCACCUUAUUUUUGUGAAUCAAAAAGUGUUUUACAUGGAAGAAAAAAGAAAAUGAUAAGAAUAUAUUGGCAUAUGCUGGAUUCUAUUGGAGGGAUACCAGUAAUGGAUCAUUUUGAAGUUAAUAUUUUCCCCCUUAGUAUAAAGUUAGAACAUGAAGUAGGUAAAAAAAUAUUUGAUUAUGUUUUUCCUGGUAAAGGUGCUGUCAAUUCUAUGGCACAAGAAAAGUCUAGUCCUUUGAAGAGGGAUAUUAAUGCAGAUAUGUCAAACACUGAAAAUUAUUAUAAAACAGAUAUUUCACAUCCAUUUUAUAGUAAUAGAAGCAGUUCUGUUUCUUUACUUAUGAAUUCAAUUAAAUCACCUAUUGAAUCAUUUUCAUGUUUGUCGAAAUUAUCUCGUGAAUCUAUUAAAUCCAAUUCUAGUUUUCAAAUAUUUUAUGAUUCUGAAGAUGUUAAUGGAGCUGAAUCUUUGAAAUUGUCGAAGAGUGAAAUCCAAAUAGCCGAUCCAAAUGUUUUUGAAAAAAAUGAUAGAAUUAACAAUAAAUCUUGUUUUAAACCUAAUGAUGAUCUAAAUCAGAUGGUUCUAAGAGCUAAUAACAAUAUGACUCUUCUUUAUGUUAAAGUUCCAAGUUUAAUACUUUGUUUAAGUUAUAAGGGACCAAGAAAAAAAAAUAUAGAAGAUCUUAAUAAUUUUGUUUUUUGUAUACCUACUAUUGAAUAUAGAAACAAAACAUGGUCAUAUCUUGAUCUAGUACUUCAUAUUAAAAAAGAAAUAAUCAAAGCUAUUAUAGGUCAUACCGGAUCUUUAGUAAAAGACAAAUUUAUACAACGUCGUUCUCGUGAAAAAUUAUCUCAAACUAAACGUGAAUAUAUACCAUUUAAAAUUAAUAUGCCCUUGAAUUAUAAGAAUAAAAACACUGAAUUUCAAAAAAUGACAUCAAAUAUUAUGAAAAGUAAUUUAAUGAAAAGCAAUUGUCAGCAUUUUAAUCAUAAGCAUCAUUUGUGUAAUUUUUCGGAGCGAUCAUUAUCUUGUGUGUCACAUUUAGUCGAAUUUAAUGAUACUGAAGAAUCAGAAGAAGGUAGAAUUAAAAAAGCAAAAAUGCUUUUAGGAAAAUUUAUUGAUACAACUAUAUAAAAUAUUUCACAUAUAAAAAUGAAUAUGUAUUAUUUCUUAUAUAA